AUGGAGAUUAGGAGGUCAUCCGCCGGUCGAGAUACCAGAGACCGGACAUACCAGCGGACCUACAAGGCGUGUAUUUCCUGUCGGCAGCGCAAGGCCAAAUGUGACCUGGGGACAGGUCCGGAUGGACACCCUCUGGGGCCGCCGUGUGCGAAAUGCCGCCGAGAGCAGAGGACGUGUGUUUUUAGUGAGAAGAGAGCGUGGGAGAGGAGGAAACGGCCGUUGGAAGAUGCUGAAGAUUCAUCGCCUCGGACGCAACGGAGACUGUCUGGCCAUACUAGGGGUGAUUCGCGCGGUGUGAUGGAGCCCUCCAGCCCCAUAAACAAUGAUAAUACAGGUGGAGAUGGCAUCCAAAGUCCACCUCAGUCGUACGUUAGCGAGAGUCGCCAGAAUCGGCAUCAAUCUACGUCUGCCCUGGCGAGCUCGAUGAUGCGCACCGUAGUGUCUAGUGGGAACGAUGCCCUCAAUAUUCUUUUCGAAGCUGCUGCUGCUGCCCAUGACCAGGAAGACGAAUUAAAUGAGAAUGAACCAUCGGGAAAUGCGUCAUCUCGUGCAGGACGCAUCGCUAACCAUGAUAGCUCGAUGGGCCAUGCUAGCCCAAGACUUGCCUUUGAAACAGUGGUCAAGCCAGUACGUCCGGCGGAAAUCUCCAAGGCAUCCAAGGAGACCCUCAAUGUCUGGGAGGCUUGUCGGUUUGUCAAGAUGGGGUGGUUUACAUCGAGGGAAGCUGUGACUUUUGUUGACCUUUUCUUCAAGAAUAUGUCUUACUUAUCUCCAAUUCUGACAAACUUCUAUGCCGAUCAUAGAAACCACCACUGGCUGCUAACUCGUGAUCCUGUCCUCUGUUGUACGAUUCUGAUGAUUUCUUCCCGCUAUCAUGUGCUGCCUGGAGCCGGUGGUGAAUCGAGGAAUUUCUUUAUCCACCAUCGACUUUGGCAACAUUGCCAACAGCUCAUAACACGUCUUACAUUUGGACAGGAAAGAUCAUCUAAAUCCAGAAUUAGAUCUAUUGGGACUAUCGAGGCGCUGUUGUUGAUUUCGGAAUGGCAUCCUCGUUCUCUUCAUUUCCCUCCGGAAAGCGAUGGCUGGGAUUCAGAUCUUAUCUCGGCGGCUCCAGAGCCACAGGAGGACUCGGACUCAGACUCUUCAGCUAACAGAAUGCUGGAAGAUAUGAUUGAGCCUGCAAGACGUUCCGAUCAAAUGUCUUGGAUGCUACUUGGAUCCGCCUUGUCUCUUGCGCAUGAGCUCGGUAUCUUCGAGACUGAGAAUAAGGAGCUUAGCUGUACUUCUGGGUACGAGGAAUUCAUAUCAAUCGAGCAGAUAAAACACCGCAGACAGCGUGCACAGCGACUUCUGUAUGUAUAUAUUAACCAGCUCGCGUGGCGAAUAGGAUGCGUGUCCCUCAUGCCACAGAGUCUGAACCAUGUUAUCCUCGGUGGACAGACAACCAGGGAGCUAAAUCAAUCGGGAGAUGCAUGGUUGACAUUCAUGGAUUCCUGGAUAGACCUGACAAAGUUGGCCAAAUCUGUUACCGAUAUGUUCUUCCCAUCCAUUUCCUUUGCAAGGCAGCAGCUGCACAGCGGCCGUUACAUUGGGUUGCUAGAUCAUUUCCGUCCAUUACUUACUCAAUGGAAGGAAAAGUAUUUGAAACGGCAGUUGCUCGAUCAGCCUUUUUUCAAUGUCCUGUUUAUCGAGUAUCACUUUGUCCGGGUCUACACGCACUCAGUCGGAAUGCAAGCCGUGGUGGAACGUGUUCUUGCAGGUACCGAUCCAAGCCAAGUAGUGGAAGAGGUUCGUCCCAUGAACAUCGAUCCCAUCGAUUACGAAUACAUCCAAGAGGUCAUCGACGGGUGCUGCCAAAUCCUGCAAAAAGUCACUCAUCUCGCCGAACUUGGAGCGCUGCGAUUCUCCCCCGUUCGGAUAUUCCUGCGCAUCACCAGUUCGUCUAUAUUCUUGAUGAAGGCACUUAGCUUGGGAACCCGUCAAGCAAAGCUUCGCGAGUCCCUAGAUAUCCUGGAAAAUUGUAUACAUGCGCUCAAAACCAAUGCGCUUGAUGAUAUCCAUCUAAGCACACGUUACGCUGAACUACUAGCCAUGCAUGUAUCACGUCUACGACGAAACUUGUUAGCAUCCUCGAAAACAAUGAAAAACGGUCGUGCAGCAACAAGGCGAUCUUCUACCGGUCCACCACCUUGGGCAGAUAACAACAGAAGCAACUCGACGUCAGUCGAGGAUCCUGUUGCACAAGAUAUGUCGGACAUGAGCUUCAUUUCGUCAUUAAACGAUAUGGCCGCCGACGACUGGCUCUCUCUACCUUUUGACCCAUCGAUGGCACCAUUCGGUGUCAGCAGCGGGGGACAGUUUCCAGCAUAUGAAGGCGGAGCUUUGAAUUUCAUUUGGAAUAUGCCUCAGUGA